UAACACUGCACAAUUCUUCUUAUCCCGAAAUCAUGGCACCAGUCCAUCGCGUUGCUGUGAUUCAGAUGUGGCCUAAGCCAAUGGCUAUGGAGCGCAACUUCAAAGUGGCUUGUGACUUCAUUCGUGCUGCUGCGAAACAGAAUGCGACACUUGCUGUAUUGCCAGAAUAUCACUUGCUCAAUUGGAUCCCAAACGAUGAGAAGUUUAAAGAAGCCUGCUCUCACUGGCAGCGGUACCUUGACGGAUACAUUUCUCUGGCCAAAGAAUGCAACAUCAAUAUAGUCCCAGGCACAAUCGUCGAGUUGCAUGGCGCGGGUACGAAAGAAGAACGACUAUUGAAUGUUGCUUACUUCAUCACAAACACCGGCGACAUCGCGGGUCGUUAUGUGAAGAAGAAUCUCUGGGGUGACAUUGAACGACUGCAUCUCACGAGCAGUUCCAUGGAUGACCAUCCCGUAUUCGACACACCACUGGGCAAGGUUGGGAUGUUGAUCUGCUGGGAUUUGGCGUUCCCAGAAGCUUUCCGAGAGAUGAUCGCAAAGGGUGCGAAACUAUUCAUCAUUCCGACCUUCUGGACCUUAAGCGACUGCUCAAAAGCCGGACUGGCCAUUAAUCCUGUGUCCGAAGGCCUCUUUCUAGACUCAAUGCUGACAGCCCGUUGUUUCGAAAACACCUGCGCGAUCGUCUUCGCCAACGCCGGAGGUCCUCCGGGCAAGGGCUAUGCUGGCCUGUCACAGGUCUGUGUCCCGUAUGCCGGCGCCCUCACACGGCUCGGUAGCUGUGCCGAAGGCAUGGCUGUCGUCGACGUCGAUAUGCAGAUUCUCGAAGAUGCAGAGGAGAACUACCAAAUCAUAGCCGAUCUUGCAAGGUCAGACUGGCACUAUGAGUACAGGCAUAGCAAGCAGACAAAGUUGUAAUGCGCAGGCUCCAACAAUCAAUGAAGCCAUUUGCGAC